AUGAUUGAAAGAUGGGUAAGAUGUUAGGUAAGCCAGGACUAUAUUGCAUUCAUUCCAAAAAUCCAUAUUCCACCCAUCUAUCAAAAAGUACUCCAGGAACUCAUAGCAUCACAUGCAAAAAUGUAAACACAAUGAAAACAAUUAGAUGCUCAUGUGCAGGCCUCAGAUAAGUGCCCUGUGGGAAAGGGAUACACUGCCCAUGAAUGAAAGUAAAGUGAACAUUUGUGCCUCAUACAUAAUUGCAAAGAUGUUUGUUAAUUGUUGGAACAUUGUCACAAAUGGCACAUAGGCUUGACACUAUAAAAAUUGAUCUGAAAGAAGAAUAGGCUCGGGUCCCAUACCUAUCAAAGAUUCUUACAGGAUUGUCAUACUUCUGGAAUUUCCUGGACAUAUCCGGAAUACAGCAGUCGGAAGCAGUGUCCAGGCAGAAAUCACAAAAAAUGUCCAAGAAAACCCAGACAUAUGGCAACUCAUGUCAGCAAUGUCGUUUUUGGCUAUUUUCCUUAAAAAUAGUUCAACAACUUUUCACUGUUAGAAAUAUAGCAACCCUAAUAUAGGAAUUAGGAAUGAAUAAAUAAACAAAUAUAAAUGUUAGUACAGUGGUACUAAGUACUUAAUUUGUUCCAGAGGUCCGUUCUUAACCUGAAACAGUUCUUAACCUGAAGCACCACUUUAGCUAAUGGGGCCUCCUGCUGCCGCCAUGCCGCCAGAGCACGAUUUCUGUUCUCAUCCUGAAGCAAAGUUCUUAACCCAAGGUACUAUUUCUGGGUUAGUGGAGUCUGUAACCUGAAGCGUAUGUAACCUGAAGCGUAUGUAACCCAAGGUACCACUGAACUUUCCACACGAGUGCAACAUUUGCAGUUCAAAACUUCUGAAAAGAAACAUUUUAAAAAUAAAUGUUGUGGGGAAGUCUACCCAGAAGAGCUUUGACUAGUGCCCUAGAGGACAUCCACUAAUUUAGUUAUAACCAGUAAGUAUUGUGCCAACCCACUACAAUGGUGUGAUGUGGAGUUGCAGGCUGAUCCAGGCUGGGUGGCAACAGAAGCACUAUCCCCUUUCAAAUUAACAGCAACACACAUUUAAAAAGUGGGUCCCCAAAUGCACAUUUGGACUAAAGGUGACCCCAAAUCAGAAAACCACUGCUCUACACUGGCUCACAGUAGCUCUCCAGGGUUUCAGACAGGGGUCUUUUCCAGUUUUCUGUGGAGAUGUCAGGUAUGGAAACUGGGACCUUUUUCAUGUAAAAGGUAUGCUCUACAACUGGAAUGCUCUACAGCUGGCAUUAACAGGAAUGAAAGAGAGCACUGAAUGCUGACUGGAUGCUCUUCAAAGUAUGUAAUGUUUAUAGAUACUUAAUGGUUAAAUGCUGGAUAAAAUAUCUUUUUUAAAAAGGAAAACAUGGUGAUUUGGGGAAGAACUAUUUCCUUAUACAAUGUUAUGACAAUUUCUUAAACAUACACCCAAAUGUAUAUUGCUUACAAGACUGGGGUUUAUAAGAAUAAAUAAGCCACACCAACACCUGAUAUUACAAAAUUUAGAAGGCAGGGUUUUUUUUAAUAAAAAAUAAAUCUACAUAUUGUGUAUGCAGAAUUUUUCUACCCAUGCUGAUGUAUUGUUAUAGCAGUUGUUUACAGUAUGCCACUGUUUGAUUUUUCGCCCAAGGUUUGAUCAAUAGAAGCAUGUGCAUGCAGGGAAUACACAACAGAGUGCAGAAUGCGAGAAGUGUAGGUAAGCAUCUUAAUGUUCAGGUUCAUUUCAUUUUAUAGAAGGAAUGUAGGUUCUGGAUCUCCACAGUCCACUGGCUAUUACUCUGCUCAUACUUGUUUGUAGCCCUUGAUUGUAGAAUUACUCUGAUCCCCCUUUAAUUUCCUUGACAGCCCCAACGUGGUAAAUGGUUGAGUGUUCUGAUUUUCAAAGCAAAUUUUUGAGAGAUCAGCCUGCAAUGAAGAAUAAAUGAAACCACUUUACUCAGAAAUGCCUCUGUCUGGUUGCAGUUCACAUCUGAGUUUUAGCUUCAAGCAAAUAAAUACAUUUUGCUGUACUGGGACAUAUUUUUCUUUUAAGCAUUGAAACUCUGUUGUUUCUUGGGCACUGCAGAAGAAUAAAUGAAAACACAGUGCUCCACAUAAGAGAUCCAGGCAAUGUUAAUAUCCUGGGUACAUGGUUUAUUCAACUGGAGCACUUAACUAUCUGCCUUCUGCCACGUGAGCACCUUCUUGCCCUAUGUCAAGAGCUAUACUGUAGACUUGAGGAACAGUCUUCAGGACCUUUAAGGAUUUUCCAGGUCCCAUCCCCAAGUUUCUGUUUUCAGAUUUUACAAAGACUUCGGCCAAUUCCAGUAUCGGAGUUGAAAUGCCUCUGACUACCCAUUACUGGGAAUCACAAAUGGGGGAGAGUGUUGUGCUCAUAACUUCUUUCUCGGUUUUCCACAGGCACCUGGUUGGCCACUGUGAGUACAAGAGGCUGGAUUAGAUGAUGGACCUUUGGUCUGAUUCACCAGGCCUCUUCUGACAUUGUUAUAGAACCUGCAACCUUUCUUCUAGUUCAAAGCCCCCAAAUAUUCCCCAGGGACUAAAGCGGGAAACAACAAUGUUUUCUUUUCUUCUGCUUUAGGGGAAACCAAACAAUUACAUUGCUGGUUCACUGCCACAUCAAAAUCUAUAAUGUAACAGCACUGCAGGCAAGUACACCAGCAAAAAUGUUUGCAAUUACAAUAGAAGGCUGAGCCAGAUCUAGGGUGCUUCAGUUAAAAAAACAAAGAACUUCCUUAUUUCAAGAAAUAUGUAACUGAAACAGGUCCUGUGCAUUCUGAGGCAUUGUUUGGGGUGCUUGCAUAUCUGUUUGCUGAUUUGAUUUAAGUUUUGUACAAAAUACUACUGAGAUGUAUUGGCAUCAUAAUGGCAGAGACUAAACCUAUAGUAACAAUGGUUAUCUUGAUGCUUGCAUCUUUGGCUGUAUAUAGCUUAGCUCUAAACUACAAGUCUCUAGAAAUAAGAGUAUAUAUAAAUAUGUCACGGUUACUUGUUUCAGUCACAGAUGUUUGGGAGAGACUAUAGAAUGCACACAUUGCUUGCAACUUACAUAAAUUCUUUUAAAUAUUUCACGGCAUGACCUAAACCAUCUAGAUAUGAAAGACCAGUGCCACCCUCUGGUUACCUGACAAGCCACAGAUCUGCUUUCCUUGUCUGUUGCUUGUUAAGUUCAAGGGGAAAGAAGAAAGAAAUAAGUCGCUUUAAAACAUCAGAGCAAAAUGCUUCUCCCCCCUCCCCCAUAGACCAUACCUUCAAUAUUGCAAUUUUUAAACGAAGUCAAUAAGUAAAAACAUGAUAACAAAAUGGAGAUAUAUGAAGCUGGGAAGAUUAAUGGAGCAAAAAUAAGCUAGUGAGGUGCUGUCAAAGGAAAAAGAUAAAAUGUGUCUGACAGAGACUUCAGAGUAAAACAUGUAAACUUGGUAUUCGUAAAUAAUUAUUAUUUCCAAAAGUAACUUUAAGGAGAAAAGUGUUGUUCAGAGGAACCUGUUACAAAUCCGUUAAACAAGAUAUUAAUUUUCUGAUAAGCCCUGCAUAUUCUUUAAGACAUUGCCACUGCAGGAUGCUUAGACUUGUGUUCCAUACUUUUUGCAUAAUGAACACUGAUAUAAUUUCAGGAUUAUACAGCAGAUACAUAGGCACACUUCUUAAUCUCUUCAAAGCCAUUUUGGCUUCUCUGAUUCUUCCAGCAAAUAAUUUGCAUUUCUUAGCACCUUUACGUUUUCUUUUUUUAGAAUGACUCACCCAUGGUUAUUUAGGGUUUAAAAUUUUACACAGCUGCUGCAUUCUUAUGGAGAAAUGCGCAUCAUCUCCCUGGGCUAGGUUUGCUCCCAGAUCUGCUUAGCACUGCCUUCACUGGGAGGACUGCCAUAGUAAGCAGAUUCCAGCUGCAGUUCUGAAUUCAGGAUGGGACAAUAGAGAUAUCAGCCCUUGGUGCAAGCAAGCACAAAAAAAAUGAGAGAAUUAUACUUUGAGCUGGAAGGAUAAAUACCCACCAUCUAUUACACAACGGUUUGUACACCCUUGCUACAUUUGAACACUUGUUAUAAACACCAACGCUGCUUGGGUAUCUAUUUGGAAAACAUAUAUCAAGCUAUAUGUAUAAAUUAAGAUGGGUAUAAUGAUGGUUAUUGGAUUGCUAGGGUGAGCUGACAAAGUGGGGGAGGGGUUCCCUUCCCUCUUUUUUUCUCCCUUCUCACUCCACGGUAAAUUUGCAAUAGAAAAUCAAUAAAAAUGCUUUUGAAGAAGAAGAAAAUGUGCUUCAAAAGUCAUACCAUAUAUAAAUUGGUAAUCAUUAUAUUUUGAAUUAUUAAAUGGAAAGUCACAUAUCACCCUGCACAGAGGCUGUGUAAUGUUAUGCCAUUGAAAAUUGCUAUUGAGGGAGGAGACGUUUAGAGGUAUGUGACUGAAAUCCCUGCUAGACAGAAGGAACCAGUAGGUUGAUUUUUGCUUAUGAGCAGACUUGUUGCAAGAUAGGCCGAGGCUGCUCCUGCUAUCUGAACAGCAUGAAUUCAGAAUUUUCCUCCAUCUUAAAUCAUUAAGUUUUACCUUAUGUACUUUUAGCCCCUUUGAGGAUAAAUGCUUUGCAUACUCAGGUGCUGUGACAGAAUAACUGAUGUUCCCCAUCAGUUAAAUACCCUUUAGCUAAUAAGUGUUUUUUUAGUUACACUGACUUAAAAUUGUGAGUUUAAAAUUGUGAAUAAAAACAUACAGUUUUCUUCACUGCUAGGCAUACUGUUUUAGAACCAUAAAAAGAAAUCUCUCAAUGUAUUCAAAGCUAAACUGCAUCUGUAGCUGUAGGUUCCAUCCCUAAUUAUCAUAACGGAGAACAACCUUAUUUUUUAAAACGUAUUUUUUUAUGAAAGAUUUCUUGGUUUACAAAAGUAUGUGCAAUGUCUCUCUUUUCAAGCUACAUUUUCUACAGAUCAGUUUCAUAUGCCGAGACAUUAGUGUUACAGUGGUGCCUUGCAAGACGAAAUUAAUCCGUUCCGCGAGUCUCUUCAUCUUGCGGUUUUUUCGUCUUGCGAAGCACGGCUAUUAGCAGCUUAGUGGCUAUUAGCGGCUUAGCGGCUAUUAACGGCUUAGCGGCUUUAAGAAAAAGGAAACAAACUCACAAGAACUCGCAAGACGUUUCGUCUUGCGAAGCAAGCCCAUAGGGAAAUUCGUCUUGCAGAACGACUAAAAAAACGGAAAACCCUUUCGUCUAGCGAGUUUUUCGUCUUGCGAGGCAUUCGUCUUGCGGGGCACCACUGUACAUUAGGAAGAAAAGGGGGAAAGAGGUGGAGGGGGCCAUGGUGAGUGGGGGUGGAGUCGGGUGGCAAUGUUUCUAUUUUACUUAACAUAUGUGUGGCGUUUUGUGUCAGCGUCACUCGUGCGGGUUUUCUUUACUAUUCAUAGAAUCAUAGAAUCAUAGAGUUGGAAGAGUCCAUAAGGGCCAUCGAGUCCAACCCCCUGCCAAGCAGGAAACACAAUCAGAGCACUCCUGACAUAUGGUUGUCAAGCCUCUGCUUAAAGACGUCCAAAGAAGGAGACUCCACCACACUCCUUGGCAGCAAAUUCCACUGUCGAACAGCUCUUACUGUCAGGAAGUUCUUCCUAAUGUUUCACUUGUGUUCCUUUGGUGGUGAGAGAGGUUGAGGUUGGCCUAGGGUGUGGUUGUUUGUGGCGAACUUUGUUUUCAUGUGUGAGUGGGGUGGGUGGGUGUUUUGAGUCAGGUUAGCCAUAUUGAUUCGUAUGCUGUUGGUGGAUUCUUGUCGUUGUCUUGUUGGGCUGUGUAUGUGAUAAAGGGGUGAAGGCAUCUUCUUCCAUUUCCCCCGUGUCAGUUUCAGUUUAUUGGUUAGUUCUUCUAAUAAGGCUGUUUUCCAUACUAUUUGGCACAACCUUAUUGAUGGAAAUACUUGUUCUUUAGAGUUCUAGACUUACUGCACAUCUGAAGAAGAUAUGCUUUUGCUUAUCAAAGAAUAUGGCUGAAGCAUCAGAGUUUUGAAUGAGAAAGCGAGAAGAGACACACUAGUAUUGCAAAUUCCUUCCUUAGUACUUAAAUCUAAUUCCGUUCUCCCAACAGCAUGUCUUUCUUGGACAACCUUUUCACAUGUUCCCCAUCCCAUUUCAGGUAUAAAUUAGACAAAUUAGAAUGCAUUAACAUGUUCACUGUUACAAUAUCCAAAAGCUGUAACUUAGAUAUCAGCUUUAAGGAAAUGGAUUUUUAAAUAAUGGCAGCUAAAAGCAAGGAAAUGCCGACAACAAAAUAACACGAUUUUAAAAUGAUCUCGAGACCCAUAUAGGGCUGCCCAUUCUUUUGAUUUAAUAGCAGGUGGCAUAAUUUUAGAGUGCUUUAAGUCCUCAGAAUGUGAGUCUUCUGGAAAAUAAAUUUCUUCUGAUCCUCACUCACAGAGGGGAAGAUUUUUUUAAAAAAAUGACUAAUGUAUGUUUUCUAUAACACACAAAGGCAUAUGAAUCCAGUAAGCUGCUGGACCACAAGAUGGAUUUCCCCAGUUUUAAACUGCAUGGUGCUUCAAGGUGUUGA